CUCCAAAGAUCAGAAUUAAAUCACAUCGGUUAUAACCACGAGCGUAGGCCAUCCAUCUAAAAUCUAGUUUUGUCUAGUCAACUCUUGUCAUAUAAUCCACGGGAUGAAACAAGCCGCUUCUUGUUUGUUGACCAAACACUAAACAAACACUCUCUGGGAAUGGAAUUUCGCAUAAACUCAAUACAGGAGUUUAUAGUUAGAUUGAAAAAUACAAUUAGGUCUUAGAGUUUAGUACUCCACAUCACCAUCCUUUGUGUAACCUAAAAUUCAUCAAUAUCUAUACUUCAAGUAUGAUCAAUGAGGAUCAGGAUCAAGGGUUUGCUUCUAAAAAGAAGAAAUCACCGCUUGAGGAAGAGAAUGAGAAGAGGAGAAAGAAAAUUGUGGAGGGAAGUUUGAUGAAAGCUGAGAUUAGACCUGGAGGUGGUACUGCAACACCUGUAGAUGGAAAUCAGAUUAUUUACCAUUGUACAGUUCGAACGUUGGAGGGUGUUGUUGUUGAAUCUACAAGAACAGAAUGUGGAGGCAAAGGAUAUCCUGUAAGACAAAUCCUGGGAAAAAGCAAGAUGAUUCUGGGACUUUUAGAAGGAAUUUCGACCAUGUUGAAGGGUGAAGUAGCAAUGUUCAAAAUGAAACCUGAAAUGCACUAUGGAGAAGUUGAUUGUCCUGUUACUACUUCAGAAACCUUCCCCAAGCAUGAUGAACUUCAUUUUGAGAUUGAGUUAUUAGAUUUUUCUAAAGUCAAGGUCAUUACUGAUGAUUUUGGAGUUGUAAAAAAGGUAAUAGAUGAGGGAGAGGGAUGGGAAUCCCCAAGGGAACCAUAUGAAGUAAAAGCAUGCAUUUCUGCAAAGGCGAGCAAUGGAAAACAAAUUGUUUUGAAGACACAAGGAGAACCAUUUUUCUUUACUUUUGGAAAAGAUGAGGUACCUAAAGGUCUUGAGAUGGGCAUUGGAACAAUGGCGCGUGGUGAGAAAGCAACAAUAUUUGUUAGCAACCAUUACUUAUCUGAAUCUUCUUUCAUGCCAGAUGUAGUAGGUUUCGAAGAUGUCCAGUUUGACGUGGAAUUAGUUCACUUUAUUCAGGUAAGAGACAUGCUUGGUGAUGGUCGUCUCAUAAAGCGUCGUAUUCGUGAUGGAAAAGGUGAAUUUCCCAUGGAUUGCCCUCUUCAAGACAGUCUAUUACGUGUUCAUUACAAGGGUAUGCUUCUUGAUGAACAAAAGACAGUGUUUUAUAAUACACGAGUUGACAAUGGUGGUCAGCAUGUGGAAUUCGGUUCAGGGGAAGGGCUUGUGCCUGAGGGGAUUGAAAUGUGUGUUCGCCUGAUGCUUCCUGGAGAGGUAGCUCUUGUCACAUGCCCUCCAGAUUAUGCUUAUGACAAGUUCGCAAGGCCUGCAACUGUUCCUGAAGGUGCUCAUGUUCAGUGGGAAAUUGAGCUUCUUGGUUUUGAGAUGCCAAAGGACUGGACUGGUCUAAGCUUCAAUAGUAUCAUGGAAGAAGCAGACAAAAUAAAGAGCACGGGAAAUAGACUUUUUAAAGAGGGAAAGUUUGAACUAGCCAAGGCGAAGUAUGAAAAGCUGCUUCGAGAAUAUAAUCAUGUCAAUCCGCAAGAUGACGAGGAAGGGAAAAUAUUUGCGAACUCAAGGAAUUCUUUGCAUCUAAAUGUGGCUGCUUGCUACCUGAAAAUGGGUGAAUGCAAAAAAUCUAUCGAGGCAUGUAACAAGGUUUUAGAAGCAAGUCCUGGACAUGUGAAGGCUCUAUAUCGUCGUGGUAUGGCGUACAUGUCAGCUGGAGAUUUUGAGGAAGCUAGGAGUGAUUUUAAGAAGAUGGUAACCAUUGACAAGUCCUUGGAACCUGACGCGACAGCAGCUCUUAAAAAGCUCAAGCAAAAGGAACAGGAAGUUGAGAUGAAGGCUAAAAAGCAAUUUAAAGGUCUGUUUGACAAGAAGCCUGGGGAAAUUGCUGAUGCUGGAACUGAAUUGGGCAAAGAUGAGAAAGCUGAAAAUGAUGAAAACCUUAAACGUGGCAACGAUGCUUCACAAGAUCAAGAAAAGGAAGUCGAAGAAGAGGAAGACGAAGAAGAAGCUCCACAGCCUCAAAGGGGUUUGUUCAGCAGGAUUUGGCCUGUUGGUAGUAGAGUAUUUUCUGCACUUGGUUUACAAAGAUGUUCCAUAUUAUAAAGAGAUUUUCACCUCUAGACUUAACAAUGCUUAGAUAUUAUUUUCCAAUUAGGGGAUUCAUAACUUAGUUGAGGGAGAACCACAGUCUAUUAAUUAGUUGCUUCGAGAAUCCAUGCCCAUUUAAAAAGAAAAACAAUAUAAUAAUGCGCUUCAAAUUGGCUAUGGUUGAAAUAUUACUGUAUCUCUUGUUGUUUGUUUAUA